AUGCCCCUACCUCAGCGUCUCAGUGGUGGCAAUGGUCAGGGCCAGUCCCCUAAUCAGAUGAUGUCCGCCCAGUUGAGCGCAGGUGGUGCCUUUGGUGGCUUGUCCCAGCAACCGUCCUUUGGCAGUGCUGGUGGAAAUGGUGGUGGUAACAAUCCUUGGCCUAUGCUUUCAAGUGCAGCAACUCAGGGCCUGCGAAUGGCUGGAUUUCCACACCAGCAACAGCAAUGCAGGUAA